AUGUCACACAUCGAUUUAGAACAAGGAAGAAUAGGAGAUCGACAGCUAUCGUUCAGAGACAGUGAAGAUGUCGUUUCAUGCUUCCACUCGAAUACGUACGGAUAUUAUGACUAUGACACUGACGAGUAUUCGAGCAGUGUCUCUUCGGUAAGUAAUGAGUCAGAGAAGAGUGUGUGUAGGAUUUGCAAAUCGGAGGUUGGAUACGGUCAGGGUUUGAUUGAGUUGGGAUGUUCGUGUAAGGGUGAUCUGGCGUUUGCUCAUCGACAAUGUGCUGAGACUUGGUUCAGUCUCAAAGGAAACGAAGUAUGUGAGAUUUGCCACUCGGAUGCGAGGAACGUGACCGGCGCGAAUGAAAUGGUAGAGGAGGAGGUGGUGGUGGUGGUAGAGGUUGAGGAAGAAGGAGUCGCUGCGGUGGGGGAAGACGGAGAGAGCUGGUGGCAGCGGCGGAUGCUGUUGAUUUUUGUGAUAACUUGUUGGGUGUCACCAUUUUCCAUCUACUUUCUUGUAAUCCAAAAUUAA